AUGGGAACUCGCAAUUUCACAAACACUCCUCCCUACGCUGAAUUGGAGGGUACCGUAAUGAAAUCGACACCAUCGUCAGUAAAAGCUGAUACGAAACGUGGACCAGCACGAGCCGCAGGGAGCCAAGAAAUCACGUCCGAGCUCGCAUGGCUUUGCAGAGAGGCGAUAAAGGAAGACCUUAAAGAGAGAAGAGCAGAAGUGCUGGGUGAAGCUGCAGAGGCGGGGAAAAGCACCCGCUAUACCUGCCGAGACUUCGCCAGUCGCAAGACGAAGAUGACUGCUCUCCGAAACCCGAAGGGAACAACCAUUGCAUCGAGAAAGGGAAUGGAGACAAUCAUCUACCACUUCUACUCUCAUCUCUUCGACAGCCAUGUCCACUUGCCUUCUCACGAUCUGAGGGAAGAUGGACAUGUCAUUCCAGAGGUUCUCCCGUGCGAAGUACGACGUGCUAUCAUGUUGGUAGGAAAUCUUACGGCAUCCAAUCCCGACGGCGUAAGACCAGAACACCUGAAGGACCUUCCGCCAGUACUCAUCAACACCCUGGCGAGGCUCCUUACACGUUAUCUGUCGGAAUGCAAGGUUCCUAAACAGUGGAAGACCAGCAAGACCGUGUUGUUGUAUAAAAAGGAGAUCCACACGACAUUGGCAACUAUCGGCGAUCUGCUUAUAUUCGGCACUGAAGCCCCUUCUGAGCGGUCUGUGCGUGCGUGGUUCCAGCGCUUCAAAGCCGGAAACAAGAAACUCGAAGAUGAGCCUCGCUCUGGUAUCGUUCGACGAAUCGAUUCGAAUUUAUCAAUAUCGUUCGACGAACUGAAGAAUCUGGCGGAGCAGCAUCCAUAUGAAGUGGUUCCCACAUGCAUUGAGCGACGGCAACCGCCAAAGACACCUGAAAUCCAUGAGGUCUGGUGGGGAGUUCAUGGAAUCUACCGUUUCGAACUGCUGCCGGACAACACGACAGUUACUGUCGAGGUCUACUGCGCUCAAGUGCAAAGACUGGCCGACAAGAUCCGCAAGGAGCACCCGAAACUCGACAACGUUCGCCUGCUGCACGAUAACGCGCGCCCUCGCGUCGCGAAGAAGACUUUCCAGAAAAUUCUGGAGCUCAGAUGA